GUAGUCCAAAUUUUCUAAUCAAAUAACACAGUGAUAACAAAAUCAAAACAAAAUAAAGAGUUCAUUGUUCAUUUCAUUUUUUAUAAAACUGCAAAUUAUCUGUUGCUUUUGAAAACUAGAAUCGAUUUUAUUAUUAAUUAUUAAUAUGCUUUCAUAAGACUGGAAACAGCGUGCCCUGUGAAUAAAGAGUAAUAUUACAUCGAUUCUUCGGCUCAGUAAUCCAUCCCAAUGAACUGAACUGAACGAACACCUCUUAGCUCUGUAAACCUGUGCUGAGAAUUUAAGAUAUUUCCAAUUCGCGAUGGGCGAAACAAAACUUCCUCCUAAAGUUUGUGAUGCUAAAAACGAAGCUCAAAAUCAAAAUACCACCGUACUUGAACCUCAAUACGAAGUAUGGAAACCAGAUCGAUUGAAUCGAGCACUUUCUGAGUUGAACAACGAUGAUAAAAAAACCUUGUUCCUUUACAGGACUAUCAACAGUAUAUUCAAUAAAGUAACACCGGAAAAUUUCUACAAGUUGGAAGAUAAAGUGAAAAAUUUAUCAAUUGAUACACCGACGAGGAUGCAAGGAGUAAUAGAUAUCAUUCAUAAAAAAGUUAUAAACGAAUGGAAAUUUCGUUCCUUAUACGCUAAAUUAUGCAACCUGAUGCGAAACAUACAAAUUCUUAAUAAAGAAGGAGCUGCUCAAUCGUUCGGUCAGUUAUUAAUAGCAAAAUGUGAAACUCAUUUCGAUAAAAGCUUCGAUAAAGAUUUAGAAUUCAACAAACGAAGACGUGAGAUUGAUUCUUGUACUGAUCGAGAAACGAGGAAAUUCUUAAAAAGAGAAUAUGACUUGGAAGAAAGUCAGGUUAGAAAACAAUCAGUAGAAAAUUGCCACUUUAUUGGAGAAUUAUUCAAAUUGGACAUGAUCCAUUCCAAUAGAAUAUUUCAAAUACUAGACAGGCUUUUUGAAUCUGGAAGAAACAUGUGUAUCGAAUGUAUCUGCGCGAUAAUAACAAAUAUUGGUGAAUUUUACGAAAAAAAUGUUGAAAAUUUUCCCGAAGAAUACUUCGAGAAAAUUAAUGUGUUACUGGCGCAGCAAGGAUUGAAGCCUCGGAUUCGAUGUUUAUUACAAAAUGUCUUGGAUUUGAGGAAUAAUUCUUGGUGCCCUAGAUUGAAGCUCGAGUUACCCAAGACUUUAGAACAAAUCGAACAGGAUUUAUUGGAUGAAGAAAAUUCAUCGGAACAACUUGGAUCCAAAAAUCGAGUCAAAAGCUCCAAGAAAUCGAAAAAGAAAAGAAAUAAAUUUAACAAGGGUACUUCUAGAUGAAGCACUCAGCAGCAUUUAUGAUGUUUCCUGUGAUCGUAUUUUAGAAUAUCUAUGAUUAUGUAAGAUCCGAAUUAUUCGCUGAUAUACUUUACUUCCAUCGUAAUAAUUUCACUUUAAUGCUGAAAAAAAUGUGUAAAAUGGUAUUGUUGAGAAAUUUACGUUUUGAUGAACGUCAAUGAUUUUUCUGUUAUUUUAAAAAUAAUUUGUGAUACAAAAUGUAAGUAUUUCUUGUUACAUUAUUUCGAAAUAAAUGAAUGAUCGCCUGUUUAA